AUGGGCAGCCCCCGCUCGGCGCUGAGCUGCCUGCUGUUGCACUUGCUGGUUCUCUGCCUCCAAGCCCAGGAAGGCCCGGGCGGGGGGCCUGCGCUGGGCAGGGCGCUCACUUCCCUGCUGCGAGCUGCCCAGGAGCCUCAGGGUGCUGCCCCACAGGUAACUGUUCAGUCCUCACCUAAUUUUACACAGCAUGUGAGGGAGCAGAGCCUGGUGACGGAUCAGCUCAGCCGCCGCCUCAUCCGGACCUACCAGCUGUACAGCCGCACCAGCGGGAAACACGUGCAGGUCCUGGCCAACAAGCGCAUCAACGCCAUGGCAGAGGACGGCGACCCGUUCGCAAAGCUCAUUGUGGAGACAGAUACCUUUGGGAGCCGGGUUCGGGUCCGAGGAGCUGAGACGGGUCUUUACAUCUGUAUGAACAAGAAAGGGAAGCUGAUUGCCAAGAGCAACGGCAAAGGCAAGGACUGCGUCUUCACGGAGAUCGUGUUGGAGAACAACUACACGGCGCUGCAGAACGCCAAGUACGAGGGCUGGUACAUGGCCUUCACCCGCAAGGGCCGGCCGCGCAAGGGCUCCAAGACGCGCCAGCACCAGCGCGAGGUCCACUUCAUGAAGCGGCUGCCCCGCGGCCACCACACCACGGAGCAGAGCCUGCGCUUCGAGUUCCUCAACUACCCGCCCUUCACACGCAGCCUGCGCGGCAGCCAGAGGACUUGGGCCCCUGAGCCCCGAUAG